CACGCUCGAUUGCAGGUUUUCAAGACAACGAUCACGCUCGAUUGCAAGAUGUCAAGUUUGCAAAUGAAAUAGUGGGAAUGCAAGAUUUUGGCAUGUUGGGGUGUAGAAACAAAGAAGAAAUUGGCACCUAUGUUUAUAAAGCUCAUGAUAUCUGUCAUGUUGGAUCACUCACCUUGAAGCCAUUUGCUUAUAGUGGAACUUGGAGCUGAAAGGCACUCAGAGCAUUGAUGUUACUGAUGUAGUUGCACGCUUUCUGGCACAAAUUAUUGCUUCAACACGCUCUGGUGGCUUCCUUCCCAAAGCGAUGAUUUCAUUCCCCAAAAUUGCGAUUCAAGCUCCUCUACGCAUCACGCUCAAAUAUGCUUGUGUUUGAAGACCUACAUGAGAGGGCUAAGGGGAAAGAAGAGAAGAAAGCUAAAAAGCGUCAGCGUCUUGCCAAAGAGUUCACCGAGUUAUUGUAUCACAUCAAGGAAAUUACUGCAUCUUCCACAUGGAAGGAGUGCCAACAACUCUUUGAGGAAAGCUCCAAAUACAGAGAUGUUGGUGAUGAGAGCCUUGCUCAUGAGACCUUUGAGGAAUAUGUUGCUCGUUUGCUGGAGAAGGCAAAAAGAAAUAACAGAAGCGGGAAGGUAUCGUCUGAAUUUUCAGAUAGUAUGUUAAACGCAAUUAAAGAUGUGAUAUGAACGUGAUUGGUUUUGAGUUGGUAUUUUUUUUGUUUCUACUCAUUCAUUUUUACAUGAAAAAGAAGAGGGUGAGUUCGAUGAUCAACUCUGGUAUGCGAUGUUGUAGCCUUUUAAAAACCUUGACAUGAUAACUAAUAAAAUCAUGUUCUUGACUUUUCUAUAAACAACCUCUUUUGUAUGGUUGCUUUUUGGUAAUAUUGGUACGAUUUCGUUACUUUUCUCAUAUUCGGAUCGGGAAAAUUUUUGAGUCGCUUCAACAUUUAUGCAAGAGAGAUUCAGCUAGCUUAUUUAUUAAUUCAACAUUAUUGUAACGUAAACCACGAGAUGAAGUUGAUGCAGGAGGAAGCAAGUGAUAACAACUAAUUCGAGUUUGAUUUCACCAAGAAUGGCUUUGAUGGGUUUAAUAGAGGAAGUACAUUGAGUUCUUGAUGAUGUAAUUCCGAACAGGCUUUUGGACUGAUGAGGAGGCUAUCAUGCUUGCAAAUGACUCAAAAUAUAGGCUUGGAUGUG